CUCCGGCCGAGCCAUGACGGACGUCGGCUGGUGGAAGCUGACCUUCCUGCGCAAGAAGAAGUCCGUUCCCAGGGUCCUGUACGAGAGGCCGGACGGGCACCCCCAGCCGGACGGGGGCUCGGACCCCUCACGGCCCGAGCCCCGCGAUGUGAGCGGCGACUUUGACGCCCGGCUGGAGAAGAUCGUGGACAAGAACACCAAGCACGUCAAGGUCUCUCACUCGGGCCGCUUCAAGGAGAAGAAGAAAGUGAGGUCCUCCCUGGCCGAACACCCCGACCUCUUCACCGACGACGAAAACGGCACGGGGCAGUGAGCGGAAGGAAGUGUGUUCUGAGCCCUGGACCCCCGCUCCCGCCAGACCCCCAAGAGGUGAAACGUUGCGGUGAGCCCUUUGGCCCUGGGCCCUGAGGAGUCACUGAGGCCGGACUCUGGACCUGCCUUCCCCGCGCCCCGAGCCGCGAUGCCAGGGUAAGGACCGGCUCCCGGGGUUCCCGAUCGCCCUACGGGCUUGGCACUUCCGGGAGGUGGGCGAGGUCCCCGCGGCCGGGGCCUCGAGGGGGCUUGAGAAUCGACGGGACGGACUCAUGCUGCCUGGCGGGCCCGGGACCCCUGCCGGACUCCCUCUCUUCCUCCUCUGGUUCCUCGGGCCUCCACCGGGACCACCGGCAGCCGGGUCUUUUCCCAGAACCCACAGGAUGGAGCUGUGGCUCCCGGCUCUGGGCCCCGCCCCGGGGCAAGACCCGUGGGCAGCUUUUCCAGACGCUUAAUUCUGCCCCUCCCUGCACUUCUCCCAGCUGCACCCAGAGGAGAGCAGCCCUUGGGGCGGGAAGACGGUAACGGCGGGGCGGGCGGUUGGGGGCAGGGCCGAGGGCCUCCCCGGCCCCCUCCGGCCCCCAGCGCAGGCUAGCGAUAUUACCCUGUGUGAUAGUGGAAAGAGUGGAGGAUUUCUCUAUGGCAAUAAACAGGACU